GCUUCCUGGAAGAACAAUGGAUGAGACCCGUCAGUAGCACUUGAUGAAGAUUUCGACUGACUCCUCAAACUGAACGAUGGAGGGAAGCGACAACAUGACUCCGACCCAGACCGACGGGUGCAGCACCGAGGUGGGAGGAGGAGAAACCCCCGGUAAAGUGGAGGAAGGAGUCACCCCGCUGGCUCCUUCUGAUUCCUGCGGCAGCAAAGGAGGGCUCUCCGGUGUGGUGGAGCCUCCUGCACCGCCGGCGACGAGCCCCGCUGCAGAAUCUCCUCCGGGAGGCGUGUCGCUUAAAGUCGCCACCACCGUUUUACACCCGAUGUGUCUGGGAGACGGCCCGCUGAUGCUGCCCAUCCACCUCCAGAUGUCCGGAGCAGCCGGGCCUCAGCUGGGACAAAUGGGGGCGGCGCCGUACUUGAUAGCGAGCCAGAGCCCGGUGUCGCUCCCUUUGGUGUUGGAUCAGCAGGUCCUCCAGCACAUGAGCCCCUCCGGCAUUCCUCAGAACCCGUUCGGUUUACCUCCAGCCGUCGACCAGAAGUCGGCGGGACAGACGCAGGACGCCAAUCUGCUCUCUCUCCUGCAGAAUCCGGCUUUUGCGGCGAUCCUGCAGGAUCUGUUCCCCUCUCAGGCGGGUGCUUCACCCUGCCAGUCACCGGGCUCCACCUUCUUCCCGCUGCCUCCCCUGGCGUCGCCCUACGCCUCCCCUCUGGCCCCGUUAGUCCCCCCCGCCACGCUCCUAGUCCCCUACCCCGUCAUCAUCCCGCUGCCCGUCCCUCUGCCCGUCCCGCUGCCCAUCCCGGUUCCCGUCCCCCAGAACGAGGACUCCAAGGGGAACAUGCCAAAGCCGGUUUGCACUGUGAGUAGAAGCACUCAGACGUCUCCUAAAGAUACUACCUCUCCUCCAACGUCGUCACGCAGAUGCUUGCCUUCGUUCCCGCCGCAACACUCGUCCCCGUCGUCACUUCCUGCGGAUGACGGACAGGCUUUGGACCUUUCCGUCAGAGCGUGCCCCGUUGAACUGAAACAGGAAUACCCCAGUCCUCAGCAGGAAGACGUGCUCGACCUGUCGGUGCCGGCUGCUCAGAGGAAAAAGUGCGUCCAGUCCAGCAGAGACGUGUCUUUCCGUUCUGGUCCAGACGGCGUUGGCUCGUCUUUGUCUCUGGGCGUUGAAUGCACGCAGAGUUUAGACUCCAAACUCCUGGGCAGUCUGGCUUCGCUGGAGUUCAGCCGGCAGCACAAGUGGGUGGUCGACAGCACCGCCGGCGGGUCGAGCUCUCUGAGUCAGCAGAGCGGAGCCGGAAACCUGGAGAUCGUCAGCGCCUCGCAGACGGCCAAGGUCAUCGUCUCGGUGAAGGACGCCAUCCCCGCCAUCCUCUGCGGGAAGAUCAAAGGCCUCUCCGGAGUCUCCACCAAGAACUUUUCCAUCAAACGUGACGGCAGCCAGGCGGCGACCCUGCAGCAGCUCUACGGGGUGCCGACGGCGUCCCACGGCGAGCAGCACGACCCCAACAACCCGCACAAGAAGCUCCCCAAGAACAGGGCCAUCAAACUGAAGAAGGUCAGCUCGCAGGAGAUCCACUUCCUCCCCAUGAAGAAGCAGAGACUUGCAGCGCUGCUUCCCAGGAAGUGAAGGCUGGAAGGAGGGGGAUUACUUGUUUGGACCGCUCGGUGAUUCCUCCAGAGUGUGUAACAUGAAACACAUGUGGGGACAUUCUGUAAUCAAACUCAAACACUAACAUGUCCAAUCAGAGUGUUUGGCUCCAACACGUUGCUCAAACUGAAGCUCAUGAAUGUCUGACAGCGAACACAGAAGUUACAGAGAUGCUUUCUGACUUCCUGUGGCUUUUUUUUUGUAAUGCACUACUAAUACACCGAUAUCCUAAACCAGAAAUGUUUUUGUUGUCUGGCAGCUUUUAAGGACAGUACAAGAGUGUUCUCCUCCACAGUCAGUGUUUCACUACAGCAGAUGUUUGUAGAAACAGACAGGAGAACCAGCACGGAGCAGAUCAAUGUUCUGCUGUGGACGUAUUUUAGACUCCUAAAAGAAUCAAUAUCAGUUUAAGAGAACGCUAUAUUUAGAAUAUUUACACCUCUUUACCUUUAUGACGGAGAACUGAAGCUGUUAUCUAUGCUCUCUACAAAGACACCAGACUACAUUCACACAAACAGAGAUUUAACCUCUCAGAACACAGGAGCUACUGCCUCCUUUGCCUAGUUUGUGUUAUUGGGAGACUUUGGUGAAUAUGAACUAACACGUUAAAAUAUAUAAUGAUAAUUUAAUGUUAUUAUGCAGCAUGGAGUUGCACAACCAGAAGCAGCUGUAGCUCAUUUGCUGCACAAGAGAAACAUGGCAAACAGUAGUGCAUUCCUCCUCGUGCAGUUUUUGAAUCAAGAGGAAAGUGAGCAGCAGCAACAAAACAUCUUUAUAUUAAACCAGUAAAACUCAGACUGUGGAGAAGAACCUCACACAACCAUCCCUUUAAUGGGCUCCGUGGCUUGGAUGUUGAGGAACAGGAAAGACUUCUGGGUUCCAGUUUUCCAUUUGGGUUCCUGGUUUGUUUCCACAUGUCAUUUUCAGUUAAGACCUAAAGCCCUGAUGGUUGAGGUUCUCCUGUUCAGAGCAGAGCAGUAGUUCUAGCAGGACGAGACUGAAUUCCCUCUCUUCUGAUUGGUCGGGGUUUUAGCAUGACGGGCUAAUAGCGACUUGGCCACGAUUCCCUUAAAAAUGAAUCGUGGCGACAGGCAUUAGUCUUGACUCAAAAACAUUCUUACUUGGUUUAGCGGCUGGGAGAAAAAUGGAAUAUUCUUCAUAUUUAAACUUUCUACGAGCCUGAAGACAUAUAUGAUGAAAGUAUUUCUGGAAAAAGAUUUGAUUUUGUUCCUGGCUGAUGUUUUUUGGGAGAAAAACACUUUUAAAAUCACACAUGCAUGAACCACCAGAGCCCCCUGCUGUUUAAAUAUUGAUUUUAUUAAAUUAAAAGAUGAUGAGUGGAACAGUCGGAUUAAAGAAGAGAAUAACUAGUGAGAGAAAAUACUGUGGGUAAUAUUGUGAAGUGUUUUUAGUCUGUUUUUAGAAUCAGACUCAUUAGUUCCACGUGGUUUUAACUGUUAUUUGUGGAGCAUGGGUUUGAUUCCGUCCCAUGAUUAUGAUCAGAGUUGUGAAUGUUUAUUUAUCCCGUUGAGUGCACUUUGUCAUAGUUUAGUUUGAAAAGCGUUACAGGGUGUCGGACCUGGAGGAACAAAGGACGGAUGGAUCUUCUUUUUUUUAUUUAUGUUCAUGAACUUUACAGCCGUGCAUCUUUAACUGGGAUCCCUUUGGUUGUACAGGACUCCACCAUAAUUUAUUCUCUGCACAUGUUAUUUAUACGAUCUGUAUGAUAUCUAGAGGACGGUCCGUCAGGAGACACUUCCUUUCCUUUUUCUUUUUUUGCUUCAGAAAUCUGUCGUUUUGAUUGAGAUGUCAGAUGUUUGCUUUCUGUACAG